CUCUUCCUCUCUCUUGUCUCUCAUCAACAUGGGAAGCCUCUACCGAUCCUCAUCCGAACCGGCCAUCCAAGACCUGAAGGUGUCCAUCAACGACUCAACCCUCAUAUUCCCCUCUCAACAGCCCCAAGACACUCCCAUGUUCCUCUCCAACAUCGACCAAGUCCUCAACUUCCACGUCCAAACCCUCCACUUCUUCGAGUCUAACCCGGACUUCCCGCCCGAGGCCGCUGCAGAGCGGCUGAAGGCCGCUCUGCAGAAGGUCAUGGAGGCGUACGACUUCCUGGCCGGCCGCCUGAGGCCCAACCCCGAGACAGGGCGCCUGGAGAUCGACCCCAAGCCGGCCGGGGUCGGCUUUGUGGUCGCCUCCACCGAGUUUUUGCUCGCCGAGGUUGGCGAUCUCGUCUACCCUAAUCCGGCAUUCAUGCAGCUUAUUGUUCAGGGCUUGGAAAAGUUUGAUGAUCAACCACUAUGUGUUCUUCAGGUCACAUCAUUCAAAUGUGGUGGUUUUGCAAUGGGAAUAUCCACAAACCAUGCUUUAAUGGAUGGAAUAAGCUUCAAAAACUUCUUGGAAAACCUAGCUUCCCAAGCCUUCGACGACAAGCCCAUCCCCAUCGCCCCCUGCCACGACCGCCGCCUCCUCGCCGCCCGAUCCCCGCCCCAAGUCACCUUCCCCCACCCCGAGCUCCUCAAGCUCAAAACCCCCAUCGGCCAAGAGGAAACCCCCCCAAUCUUCGACUGCAAACAAGAAGACCUCGACUUCAAAAUCUUCACCCUCGCCCCAACCGACAUCACCUCCCUAAAAUCCGCCGCCGCCGCCUCCUCCUCCUCCAAAAAAAUCACCGGCUUCAACGCCGUCUCCGCCCUCAUCUGGCGCUGCAAAGCCCUGUCCCGCGCCGACAACUGCGACCGCGACCGCGAAUGCACUGUUCUAUACGCGGUCGACAUCCGGUCGAGGCUGCGGCCGCCCCUCCCGGCCGCCUACUGCGGCAACGCGGUGCUGACGGCCUACGCCACGGCCAAGUGCGGGGACUUGGAGGACGGGCCGUUCGGGAAGGCGGUGGACGCGGUGGCCGAGGGGGCAGCCCGGAUGAGCGACGAGUACGCGAGGUCGGCGAUCGAUUGGGGGGAAGUGUAUAAGGGCUUUCCCAAUGGGGAGUUCUUGAUUUCGUCGUGGUGGAGGUUAGGGUUUGAUGAAGUGGAGUAUCCGUGGGGGAAGCCUAAGUAUAGUUGCCCUUUGGUUUAUCAUAGGAAAGAUAUCAUAUUGUUGUUUCCUGAGGUUGGGGGAGUGGAGAGCAAUGGGGUGAAUGUGUUGGUGGCUUUGCCUCCUAAGGAGAUGGACAAGUUUCAAUCUCUCUUUCAUAAGUAUUUGUCCGGUAAUUAAUUAAGACAUAUAGAUAUCUUGUAAUGUAAACUUUUUAUUGUGUAAUUUUAUGCAUGUGUGUUUGUAUA